CUUAUUUUUUAGGUUAUUGCACGUAUGUUCUUAAAAUUUCAUUUUACAUCCAGCCAUACCAUCGUAACUCCGCUAAAAAUUCUAUUUUUAUGAUUUAUCAAAGGUUAUAUGAGUCUAAGUCCUGAGGUAUAUCAGAACCAGACAAACUUAACUCCACCUAUGAUGUUAUGGUUCUGAACAUUGAGCAUUUCAGCAAAAACCUAAGUCCACAAAAUGGACUUGCCAUUGUCUGGCCCUAGCCACUAUACUCAUUUAGUCUCAAGUCCUGUUUUCUGAACAGCUGAUGACUGUCAAUAAUACUGUUGAUAUUGCUGCUGCCUGCUAUUAGAGAGAUUAUUGAGGUUAGGACUGAGCUGUACUAAUCAAAGUUUUAUUCUACUUUUAACAAAACGUUUUGGUAUUAAUAUGGAAAGUAGGGGAAAGUUUAUACUUUCCAAAUUGAAAAACCUUAAUACGUUCACUGAAGAUAAUCUGAAACCUGAAACUAAUGAUUGUCCUAGCAAUCAAUCAGUAGAAGUUCCACGAAGAAAUUCCACUCCUUCACCGACUUUAACCGAAUUAAAAGUAUUGAAUCCAGAUUGCACAUCCAUCCUCGUUUUACCUGACAAUGACUCAACCCAAUGGAAUUUUAACAUGCAUGAAAGUGAAAAUAUCCAAGUUGAAAGAGAAACUAGUAAAGACGUACAUCUUCUUAAUUUCAUUUCAACUCCAGUAGAACCAGAGUCAAAUGAAUGGGAGCUAGAGACGAUAACACAAGUGACAAACAUGGAACAAGAAUCUGGAGCAUCGACAACACUGGAAGAUUUAGAUGAUGCGCUAUCUUCUGUGAGCGACCUAUUUGAGAAUGACAUCGAUGAUCCAACAUACACUCCACCUUCAGGUUCAGAGAGUGAUUCAACUUUAAGUAACGAUUUAGAACAAGUACAAAGUCAAUCUGUAAGUACAAAUACUACAGCAAAUAAUAAUAAUAUAAUACCUCUGGUACCAUACACCGAUUCAGAUGACACGGAGAGCGAGUUACCGAUAGUUACUCAACCUAAAAAUAAAGGAAGAAAAAGAAUAAGGAAUGAAAAAAAGUGGAAAAAAAAACAUUAGAAAGCAGGGACGAAUUUCUGGAAAAGAGCAUGUCAACUCUAAAGGAGAUAUUGUAAAAGAAAGAACUUUAAGACCUCCUUGUAAAACUACUUGUCGCUUGAAAUGCUCUCAGCGCAUAAGUCAUGCACAAAGAGUACACAUUCAUUCUGACUAUUAUAAUAGUGAAAGAAACUUAAGUUCUAAACGCCAGUAUAUAGUUUCUUGUAUUACAACCAAGCCAAUAGCCAGGUCACGACAAAGAGAUGGUUCUAGAAAUAGUAGAAAAAACAGCCAUACUUAUUUUCUCAAAUGGGAUAACAAUUUUGAAAAAGUUUGCAAACAAUUUUUCUUGAACACACUAGUAAUAUCAGAAACAUUUGUUAAGUUUGCUCUCUUAAAAACCCAAAGUACUGGUAUGGUUGAACCAGACCAUCGUGGCAAACAUGUACCAGGAAACAAAAUACCAGAGACAGCAAAGGAUAUCAUAAGAAACCACAUAUCAAAAUAUCCAGCAUAUGAAAGUCACUAUAGUAGGGAAAGGACAAACAAAAAAUACUUGGGUAAUGAUUUAAACAUUUCCAUAAUGUAUACCAUGUAUGAAAAUGAAUGUAAAGAAAAAAAUAUCAAACCCGAAAAGAAAUGGUUAUUUUCAGAAAUUUUCAAUAGAGAAUACAAUUUGUCAUUUCAUUUGCCAGACAAUGACACAUGUGAUUUUUGUGACAGAAUUGAUUGCCAAUUAAAGAAUGCAAACGGUGAGCAAAAAGAAAACCUUCAAGCAGAAAAGCAGAAGCAUCUAGAUGAAGCAGCACGUAGAUACCAUUUGAAAAAAGAAGAUAAGCUUUUGGGACAAGGAAAUGAAAAAUUUAAAGUUGUUAUGGCAGACCUACAGAAGUGUCUUCCUACUCCAGCUCUCACAAACUGUCAAAGCUUCUACUUGAGAAAGCUCUGGACUCUAAACUACACCAUUGACGACAGUAGUGGAAAGAAAACGUGGUGCAUGAUUUGGAAUGAGACCACUGCAGGUAGAGGUGGAAGUGAGAUGGCUUCUUGUUUGUUUACCUGGGCAAAUGAAGAGCUCAAUAAAAGCAGCAUUGACACUCUGACUGUUUGGACCGAUAACUGCAGCGGUCAAAAUAGAAAUAUUAAUAUGAUUUUUAUGUACAUUUGGAUUUUGAAAACUCUACCCAACAUUAAUGAAAUAAACCACAAAUUUUUAUUAGCUGGGCAUACACAUAUGGAGGUAGAUGGUAAACAUGGAUUAAUAGAAAGAGCAAAAAAGCAUCUUAAAACUAACACAAUAUUUACUACUAAUGAUUGGGCGAACUUCAUCGCAUCUUGUAGCAAUAAAAACCCAUUCAUUGUAAAGAAAAUGUCUCUUGAACACUUUCUUGAUUUUCUUUCGCUUACUAAUAAAGAUGGACCAUUAAUAAACAGGAAAAAAAAUACUAUUGGAGAACCUUUCCUCAUUUCCAACACAGUUUGGUUACAGGUUCGAAGAGAAGAACUUGGUAUACUGUACUAUAAAACAAGCUUUGAUGAUGUUGAUUUUAAAAGUGUGGAUUUGAGAAGAAAUAAGAGAAAAGAAACAAUCAUGCCUGAAUCAGUUCCGAAACUAAGAUCUGAGAAGAGGAAAAUAAGUAAUGAAAAAUUCAGAGAUUUAAUGACAAUCCUCCAGUGGGUCCCUGAAGAAUACAAGGCUUACUUUGAGAACCUUCCACAUGGGGCUAGUGAAAAUGACUUUCCAGAUAUCAGUUCAACAUUAUUAGAUUAAUUCUUACCUUAUAUUUAUAGUUUUUAUAAGCAGUGUAAUAGUGUUUUAUUGACGAAACAAUGUAUAUUAGUUGCUAAUGGAAAUACAAUGCUUAAGUCCAAAUAGCAUUAAAACAAAUGUUUUUGAUUUUAGAAAAAAACAACUUUCCAGAUGCCAUUACAACAUUGUUAGAUAAUAUAUUUUAUUAGCAUUGUAAUAGUGUUUUUAUUGACUAAACCAUGUAUAUUGGUUGCUAAUGGAUACACUUAAUUUGGUUGCUUAAGUCCAAGUAGCAAUAUAACAUAUGUUUUUGAUUAGAGCCAAAAUAUCGUAAGUCCAUUUUUAAUGUAACAAAAAAAUAAUUACAUAAAAAUACUAAAGCAGUUUAAUGCUUCUAUAAACAUAAGUAAGUUAACUUGUGAAGUAGAAACUAAACACAGUUCAUAAUUUUAUAAUAAAGAAUAAACACAA